AUGGACCAGGGCGAGCGCUUCAUUCAGGCUAUCACUGGAGAAAAGCGAAGUAUUCCUACUUGGAGUGGCCAACCGGCCACGUUCAGGAGCUGGUUAAAACUGCUGGCAGUUUGGGAAAGCGAGACAACCUUGGCUCGUGAUCGUUGGGGCCUUCGUCUCUUCCAAAGCUUCCCGGAGUCAUCCCAACCAAGGAAGAUUGCGGAUCAGAUUCCGAUGCAGGACCUGCUCAGUGAGCGUGGCUAUGGCUAUAUUUUGACCCAGUUGAUGGCCAAGUACAAGCCCUUCUUGGACAUUGCGGCGCCCGCGGCGAUAGACCGCUUUCUGUUCACUGGUGAAAGGGGAAAGGGUGAAAGCUUUGCGACUUUCAUCGCGAACAAGGAGGUGGCCAGACAGGAACUUGAGCUUCAUCUACAAGAGAGGCUCUCGGAGAAAGUGGCUGGCCGAAUAUUACUUCGCCAGUCGAAUUUAUCAGACUUCCAACGCGAAAUGUUGGCCCUCAAAGAUCAAGCGCAACUUCUGACGUUCGACCAGGUUGCUUCACUUCUUCGUCCGCUCGACCGCCCUGAACUUCUGGCUCAGGCUGCUGGCUCGGAAUUGGGCCCUCAAGGAGCAAAGCAUUUUCCUGUGCUUCAAAAUGCUCAAGAGGAUCCACAAGAUGAGUUUGUCGAGGACGAAGAGCCAGUGGAUGAGGAGGAGUCUGAAGAAAGUUGGGGUGAAGAUGAUUUGGUGUUUGAGGACCGCGAGUACGACGAAGAAGAGGCCUUGUUUAUUAGUGCGUAUCAUAGCGCUUAUGCCGACAUUCGCAAGGACCUGCGCGACAGAAAGAAGGUGGUUCGCGCAAAGGUGGUCGGUUUCGUGGCGGAGAUCGAGGUCUUUGCAGGUUCGUCUACUACCUCCUUGUCGGCUGGUUCGGCACGGCCCUCUUCCUCUGUUGCGUUGGCAGAUAGAUUGUCUAUUUUUGCGGGAGUCCGGGUUCAAGGGGGUCAAGCCCUUGUGGAUACAGCUGCCGAAGACGCCGUGGUUGGGUCCAAAGCUUUGCAACUGUUGUCAGCCGAGCUGGCUACAUUUGGCCUGCGAUUUGUCCCAGUGUCCUUGCAGCAGGCCAUCCCUUGUGCUGGCAUCGGCGGCUCGGCAACAGUGACCCAGCUGGUGGACAUGCCCACCUGUGUCGCGGGCAUCCUUGGCGUCGUUCGCUUUUCAGUGGUUGAGGAUUCGGAAAGCUUCAGCACGCCCCCGCUCUUACCCAUUUCGUACCUUGAGGCCAUUCGCGCGCUCAUCGAUCUGAGCAACAAUGUGCUGGCUACUCCGGAUGGCCACCGCACACCCAUGGUGCGGCUUCCCUCGGGCCAUCGUGCCGUUAACAUUCUCGACUUCAACCAAUCCCUUUCAGUUACCGGCGGCCUCGGCCAACAUGAUUUGGGGGGGUGUGACUGGUGUGAAUGGUGCAAUAUUGAAUGGUGCAAUAUUGGCCUCGGCGACUUCGGUGAGUUCGGCGCCGACGGCUUCCGCGAGUAUGACAUCGCCAUCGGAUUCCAGCCGAACUUCUCCCUCCAGUUUGCCUAUGUCGUCGAGUAUGACGUCACCGUCGGAUUCCAGAACUUCUCCGUCCAGUUUGCCUAUGUCGUCGAGUAUGACAUCACCGUCGGAUUCCAGAACUUCUCCGUCCAGUUUGCCUGCGCCGUCGAGUAUGACAUCACCGUCGGAUUCCAGAACUUCUCCGUCCAGUUUGAGUCCAUUGAGUCCAUGCAGGGGGCGGAGGAGUUAGCCAAAACCCUGGGCAUCAGUCGGGACUUUUCUUAUGAAGCUAUGCAGUCAGUCUUGGAUCGUCUCCCAACCAAGAUGGAGAACAACCGGGAGGUGACCAUGCGGGCUAAAAGUCCUACGGCAACUUCCUGGGUUUUCGGGCUGUAUGUGCGAGGCAAUAUGACCGGCGUGACCCGAGCGGCUGUUCUAUUGCCCGAAGUGACCAAGUACGGCAACUUAUGGAUGGCCGACAGGUUCCCAGGUCAGGAGUGGUCUUCGUGGACAGCCAACAUCAACAUGGUGGCCAAGGUUCAUAUCGACACCCACAACCACAAGCAAGCGCCAAACCAUACAGUUUCCUUUGGGCGCUUCGCCAAAGGCGAACUGUGGCUUGAGGUGGAUGACGCUCGAGUGGAUGGUGUUCGAUGGAAGCAAAAAGACUCUGACACUGAUGUGGAUGUGAAAUCCAUGGAAGAGUGUGAGCAUCAGUUGGAGCAUGUUCUUGAGAAAAUGCCAAAGUCGUCAGUCUUCGCUGAAGGCAAGUUGCUCGAGCGAAUGAUCGGCAAAUUGCAAAUUUGGUUAGCACGUUGGCGGCCCCAACCUUCCACUCCAACUCAAGUUCAUGGCGUCCUUGCGCAGACGAGUGGAAAUGAUGGCGGCAAAGGAGGCUGCGGAGGUGGAGCCGACGCGCCCAGCACGCCGGAUGGGGGAAGCCAAGUGCGAGAUGGCUUGGAA